GCCCUGCCUAUGUGCAGAGCUUGCCAAACAUUUGAGCUAGUACAUUGCAUGUGCACCAGAUCGCAGAAGCACUGCAGUAUAGACUACUACUAGGAAUCGGAACUUUUAUUUUGACUACUAAAGCUAGCUGGCUAUGGAUGCUCGUGUGCUACUAACAGUGUUACUGACUGUUUGCCUGGCUGAAGACACCCUUGCAGUAAACCCAGGAUUCAAGACCACCAUCACUAGCAAAGGCCUUGACUACAUUCGUCAGGUGGGAAUACCUAUUCUUGAGCAGUCUCUCUCGUCCAUCACUAUCCCUGAUAUCUCAGGAAAAGCAGGCACCCCAAUAGGCUCCAUCUCGUACUCUCUCUCCAGUAUCAAGCUCAGUGGGUUAACCAUCCCAACGUCCACUUUAACAUCUGUUCCUGGGAAGGGAAUUCUUGUUCAAGCAUCUAGUAUUUCCAUGACUGCCAAUGCAAACUGGCACUACAGGGAAAAUAGCUGGCCCCAUGUAUCGGACAGUGGCAGCUGUGAUGUUUCUGUGAGCAGUGUGUCACUAACCAUGAGUGUUCUGGUGGGUGCAGACAGUAAGGGUCAUGCCACCCUCUCCACCACUGGCUGCUCUCUGAGUAUCGAAAAACUUGACAUUCACUUUCAUGGGGGAGCCAGCUGGCUGUACAACCUGUUUGCUAGUUCAAUUGCUGGUGGCCUCAAGGGAAGCAUUCAACAACAGGUGUGUGCAGCAGCCACUGAAGCAAUCAACAAACAAGGCAAUGCGGCACUGGAAUCACUUCCCAUUGUUGUGAAGGUGGAUAAGACGUCAGAAAUAAAUUUUGCACUUCUAACGACUCCUACCUUCAGCACUACUUAUGUAGAGACAGAUCACAAGGGAGAAUUUUUCUUGAUUGCCAAGCCAGUCGAGUGCCCGUACACUCCAGCUCCACUUCCACCAGUCACUGAGUCAGGAAACAUGAUGUAUGUGUGGCUGACUGAGUAUCUUGCUGAUUCGGCAGGAUUUGUGUAUCAGCAAGCGGGCAUUCUAAAUUACAAUGUCACUGCUGACAUGGUACCAAAAAGUCUUCCUUUGCAACUGAACACUUCUUCUUUUCGGCUCAUUGUACCUGCUCUAUAUAAUAAGUAUCCAAACAUGGCAAUGAUGCUAGGGCUUGUGACAGUGCGUCCUCCAAACCUCACAAUCAACAGCACUAGUGCUGAUUUUGUACUACCUGGUAAUGUCGAUGUCUAUGUGGUCAACUCAACUACAAAACAGAAUAUACCUGUCUUCACUCUUGGAAUUAAUGUACUUGCCGACGUGAAGGUUAAGGUUGCUCCGGUAGGUGGUAAGGAAAUUGUCAGUGCCAAUCUCACUUUUCUGAAGGCAAGCAUCAACUUGGUUAAAUCAGAUAUAGGGCAAUUCAGUGUUUUUGUUCUUCAAACAGCUGCUAACCUACUGUGUACAGCGUUUGUGAUACCAACAGUGAACCAGUAUGCUAAUGCUGGUAUCCCUAUCCCAAUCGUGGAUGGAAUCUCAUUUGUGAACCCUAGCAUCUCUUUUGGACAGGGGUAUGUGCUUGUGAGCACAGACAUUAACUACAAACCAUAGACUCUGACAGUAGCUGCGGCUACUGCUGUAGGUCAUGUACAUAAUUAUAGAUGUACACACUUUUUAGUUUGUUUUUACUACUGCACAUGAUUUUUAUCCCUGAUUUUUUAUAGUUAUGCUGUGUUUUACUGCAUCAACAACUUAAUGCCUGCA